AUGCUCGAACAACCGACCCCAGCAAAAACAGCGGGGAAUUUCACGAUUCACUACUUUGCUUCUGCAAGCAGCUUCACAUCCAAAGAUACAGAAAUGCUUCCAGCACCCAUGAGACUUUUGGAGCUUUUUCCUGCACUGGAAGAAAAGUAUCCAGGCAUCAAAGACAUGGUGUUGUACAGCUGCGGGGUCAGUCUUGAUGGCGAGUAUGUGAAUGCUGAGGCCGAUGAUGGGGUUCUGAUAGGUUGUGGUGCCGAGGUUGCAAUCAUUCCACCUGUUAGCUCGGGCUGA